UUAACCCUUUCGUAUUUUCUUAAACCAGAUUGCUACUAUUUAGCUCUGAGGAACUUACUACCCUGGUGUUUUCUAUCAAUUUAAGGGUUAACAUCAUACAGCCAAGCCUUCUGUCUAAAGCUGACCAUAAUAACCAGUCACCUCAGUUGAAAGAUUGACCUAUUGGUAAGAUUAGUGACGUAGUGAGGCUGUGAAACGUGUUGUGAUUGUAAUGUGUUUGUGCGCGUAAACCGCCAUGGAUGGCGAGAAUCGGAUUAUUUUGAACGUUGGUGGCAUCAGAUACGAGACGUACAAAGCGACAUUAAAAAAGAUCCCUGCCACACGAUUGUCACGGCUGACAGAAGCGCUUGCCAACUACGACCCCGUGCUUAACGAGUACUUCUUCGACCGCCACCCCGGCGUGUUCGCGCAGGUCCUUAACUACUACAGGACCGGCAAACUCCACUACCCCACAAAUGUCUGCGGGCCGCUGUUUGAAGAGGAGCUGGAGUUCUGGGGGCUGGACUCCAACCAGGUGGAGCCCUGCUGCUGGUCCACUUACAGCAUACACAGAGAUACACAGAACACCCUGGCGAUACUCGACAAGUUGGACAUCGACAGCGAAAAGCCCUCGGAGGAGGAAAUCGCUCGACUCUUCGGCUACGAAGAGGCUUACUUCGCUGGCGAGCUUGGAGCCUGGCAGAGGCUCAAGCCGAGGGUCUGGGCUCUGUUUGACGAACCUUCUAGCUCACCGCCCGCUAAGGUGAUAUCCGCCCUUUCCGUCUUCUUCAUCUGCGUGUCAGUCCUCUGCUUCUGCCUUAAGACCCAUCCUGACCUUCGAGUGGCGUUGGUUUUACCAGUGGAGAACAACUCUCUGGAAACGGCGAUAGUGGAGAGUCAGCCUUGGCUGAAUCACGGGCAGCCGCAUGUGGCGUUCUUCUACAUUGAGCUGGUGUGUAACGUGUGGUUCACCGUCGAGCUCCUGGUUCGAUCUGUGGUAGCCCCAAACAUAAUCGAGUUCAUCAAAUCCCCAGUAAACCUGGUGGACUUCCUUGCCACGCUGAGUUUCUACAUGGACGUGGUGGUGGAACUAGCAGUUAUUAGGAAAAACGUGGACCGGGCGGAUAUACUGGAGUUCAUAUCUAUUAUUAAAAUUCUUAGGCUCUUCAAGUUGACCAGACAUAGUCCAGGGCUUAAGAUUCUGGUCCACACCUUCAAAGCGUCAGCCAAGGAGCUGACUCUUCUUGUGUUCUUCCUCGUGCUGGGCAUCGUCAUCUUCGCCAGUCUCGUGUACUAUGCGGAGAAGUCUCAGUACACCAUGUUCCAGGACAACCCGGAGAACCAGUUCAAGUCCAUCCCCCUGGGCCUUUGGUGGGCCAUCGUGACCAUGACGACGGUGGGCUACGGAGACAUGGCCCCUAAGACCUACCUGGGCAUGUUCGUGGGCGCGCUGUGCGCGUUGGCCGGCGUGCUGACCAUCGCGCUGCCCGUUCCUGUGAUAGUCUCCAAUUUCUCCAUGUUCUAUUCACAUACGCAGGCGCGGUCAAAACUUCCCAAGAAGCGGCGCCGAGUGCUACCUGUGGAGCAGCCGAGAAGGAAACGUGACGUGACUGCGUCGAAUCGGCGGGUGAAUGCGGUGAAACACCCCGUCGUAUUGAAGGACUUAUCUCCCGGUGGGAACAAGUUUGGAGUUAACGGGAUGAACAUGAUCAGCCUUGCGCUGCAGGGCCCGCCAAAUAUCCUAACGCGACCAUCGACAGCGUCGGCGCAGCCGCUGCAAGCACGGGCUCCUAUUGUCGAGAGUCCAAUCGUGAACACUCAAGCCGGCGCCAUAUCCCUAGCAUCACUGCAACCACCCCUGAUGACGGCCCCACCCCUGCAACCGCGACCCGCAACCACGGGAGCCCUAGACCUCAUGCUACCAUUGCAACCAAAACUACUACCAGGCUACAACCUGCAAUCUUCAUUUCUCACCAGCACCAUGUCCACUGUUCGACCACCCGACAGAGAAACUAAAGAUUCUACCCCAGACAGUUCCUCUAAAUGUGAAUGUAAAAACUUAGAUAGUACACAGGAUAGCGUUAAAGUAGAUUGUGAAAACUAUACUCUAGAUAAUGAUGUUACUGACAAUUCAAGCAAAGAUGAAAUAAACUCAAAUGUAAUUGAUGCCAAAACGAUUGAAACUAGUGUAGUGAGCAGUUCAAAUGAUGAUAGUCCUAAUAACAAUUCUUAUUAAUACGAUUCUAGUUUAUAGAUCGAUGGUAAAUAUAAUAAAAGUAAAACCCCAAGUUUUUAAAGUCUCCCAUUAGAAAUAAUGUAGGUUUUUCAAAUUAAUUCACUUAUUAAAAUUGUAAAGCUAAAGUUGGACAUUUUGAAAUGUAUCUCGACCAAACCCCUGUAGGUAAAUAUUGGUUUACUUAUAGUGUGUGAUACCAAAAAACUGACAUCAAUUAUGAACAUAGUUGUGUAUUGUCUAAUUUGAAUCAAAAAUUAUUACGAGUAAGUUAUUUAAUAUAACUUUGUAGUAUUUACCUUAAUUUUCAAAAACAGACACAUUAAUUUUUUUGUCAAUUAUAUUCAAAAUGAUGAUGCAAACGAAUGUCGUUUUGGUGAUACAUAUUAUUUGUAUCCAAUUUUUGUAUAUUUUGUUAAUGAAAGACGAUACAGUGAUUGCUUGUAAUCUAAGCAAAGUGUCGACUUUGACUCUUGCUAAAUAUUUCCGAUUGUUAAUCUGAUUAGAAAAAUCAUUGCUUCCCUAAGAUCUCUUGACUAACAUUUUUACUAAAAAGUUCAGCUACAACUCCAUCAUAGCUAAACAUUUCAGUAUCUCUUCAUAUUGUAUACUUUACGUAAUAGUGGGUAAUUUGAGGAAAUCUCUUCCUGUAUUAAUAAUUAAUAUUGUUUUUAUACCUUAGUCAUUGUUAAAUAUGUUACAUAUUUAUGCAUACCUUCUUUAAUAAAAGGAAUGGAUUUUUAUUCCAAUAAAAUAAAUGUAAAUAGAAGUGUUCAAAAUCUCAGUAAAUGUCAUUAAGUUCUUUCAAAAGUAUUAAAGUAACGAGUGUAUAGCUCUUGAAAUGUUAUUUUUAUCCAUGAACAAUCAUAUUCUUUCUUAGAAGUUUUCUUUAAGAGCCCUUUUUGUGCCAAAUAUAGAUGGAAAAUAAUGUUUUGUAAGCUAUACUCAGUGAUUGUACAAAUUGUUAAUACUUAUUCAAUCUUGGUAUACUACAAUUAUGGUAUUGUUUCUAAGGUGUGACGUAGAGGUUCGUUUUUAAUCGAUCAUAUAAUGAACGUACUUUAACUUUUUUCCAGUAAAAUGAUUAAAAUAAUAAUGUAAAGUGAAAAUCAAGUCAAUUUAUAUUAAGAUUUUCCUUUUUGCUAAAAUAAGAUUAAAAAUCUCUUGUGCUAGCAAAAAGGAUGUCUUUCUACUUCGUAAUGAUAAAUAAUAUAAAAAUGAAGUAGACGGUAAUCGUAUAUCCAUAAACAUGAAGUGAAAUUAAAGCCAUUUCUUCGAGAUAUUUCAACAACUUCUUGUAUUUUAGAAGAGUUGCCACUGCAACUCUUCUCAUUCUACAUGUUUGGCUCUGCCCUUUUGAAAAACUUCCAACACCGGAACUGGAUCGAAAAAAAAAACGAUUUAACUAUCGAAUCUGCCCACAAAAUUUCACGUGAAUUGGUUGAGAAUUAUGACCUGUAGAGGAGAACAUCCGGACAUACGAAAACAUUUCUGCUCAAACUGCAACGAAGACCUUCGCUAAUAACGCUCGAUCGGUAUACAUGACAUGAUAAUUUAAGACACUUUCAAUUCUUCAUUCUUAUAUACCUAAGAAAAUAUUUCUAAAGUCGCGUGUGCGUAGUUAAUUCCAUUAUAGACCAAGCUUCAACUGGAGAAUUAAAAUCGAUCGUCUACGUUACGCCUAAGUCGGAGAGGGUAAAUGUAAGGUUCACACGAAUGUGCCAAGCGAUGUAAUUAUGUAAGUAGGUUGUUAGGGUAGAGGGCUUGGGCCCGGAGACGGCUGUUCUUUACGCUGCGUUUACCCUAGAGCUUUAUGACGUGUGCUUAAUAAUAUGAUAUGGUAAAAGAUGUGUUUUACGAUGUCGUCAUUGGAUGCGAUCACAAAGAUAUCUUUGAGGUCAAAGACGCUUCGAAUAAAAUAUCCAGCACUAAUCCCUCAGACGGUCAAUAGGAUUCCAUUUUAAAUAAGAAUACAUUGAUUUUAAAAGAUUUAUUGGUUCUCCCUUUAAGUUUACAAUAUUUUAUUAUAGCUAUGUCGUUAUAUAGCUCUAGUGUACACCAGCAUAUAUCUUUAAUAUUCCUAAAUUAUAGAAUAAUAAUUGUACGAAGAUGCUCCAACGGGGAAUUCCAAAAAAAUGUCGGGUACGACGCUUUUUUUAACACUUCUGAUAAAGCUAAGAAUCCUUAAAGGCGUCGUAAAAUGUUGUGCCCGUGACGCCAAGAACGCUUAUACGGAGUGUGCAUAAACUGGAGCACAGCGCAGGAGAUAUCAGAUUAUUAUCGCAAAGUGUAAAUGUGAAAUUUAUGCUUCCAAUGUAGCCCACAAGAUGGCAGAACCUAACUUUGCACAAGAACAGUAGAUGGCAGGACUGGCUUUAGCGUGAAGUGUCAAUGUACAUGUUUAUAUUUCCGAUUCAGGCCAAAUUAUCUCCAAUGCGCACGGUCCCUAUAGGUGCUAAGUGCCAAUCAAAGUAACCGUGAAAGGUUUCCAGCAUGAUUAUUGCUAGCUUAUGCCAGAGAUAUUGGCAUAUGCAUGACGUUCGUGGGUUUGACAGAUGGCGUUCAAGUUUAAUGUAGCUCCCAUACGCGUUACGUCACCGACAAAGAAGACCUUUUUGUGGAAUUCCCCCAAUCAUUGGUUAGUAAUAUUGGUGUUAACUAACGAUUGUAAUUUUCAUAGGAUCUAGUAUAUUUUUCUAAUGUUACCGUUUUCAUUGUUUUGUCAGAUUGGAUUUAAUGAGAAAUGUAUUUCUACAAAAUCAGUUAAAUAAUUAUAAUGAGAGAUAAAUGCUCAAAAAUGGAGUUGUGUUUUGUGCCAAAUAAUUUUAUAAAUACACUUUACGAAAGCGGCCAACUAACUUUACUAUAUAAUUGAGUACUAAAUUGGUUUCGAAUUCAUUAGCGGUUUGAGGCUUUUAAAAUAACAGUUGAAUUAUUCAAUCAUGAGUUAUAAUUUAAUUGUAGCUAAAACAUUUUAUGGAUAAGUCAGAACCGUUUUUUAAAUAGACAGAUUCUUCAAGCUGUGUUAUUUUAAGCAUUACUGCGUCAAUGUAUCCAUGUGUUGAAAAAUCCUAAGCUCGCUACUUUUAAAUGACUUAAUUUGCUAACUUCGAGCAAACACAAUUGAGUAUAGAGGCGCAUUGUCAAAGUAAAUUUGGCAGUCAACUUAAUUUACUGACAUCCUUCGAUACACGACUAAAACUCUUAGAAUGAGAUAUGGCUACUUGACCCAUGAUCUUUCACUGUUAAAUAUCAAACGGUGUCGCCAUCUACUCGAGUAUAGGGCGAAGGUAUAUCGCCAUUCGAGCAUACAUUUUUCUUUAUUUUUCGAGGCACGUUUUUUUUUAGACUUAAUUUAUAUUAUGGUUCGAAGAAAAGAAUGUAAAGAAAAAAAUGUCGUUCUUAGGAUUCAGGAAUGGAAUUUUAAUUGUUAAAAUUAAAUUCAAUCUGACUUAAAAUUAAUAUUAAUCAGAAGCCCAAUUACAAGAUUGACCACGUUUUUAUCUUUCAUGAAAAUGUUUGAAUAAACCAGUACCAAGAAUA